AUGCCAUCACCUGCUUAUCCCAUCGCUCUUGCGGCUCUCAUUGGGUCCGCGCUCGCAGACAUCCACAAUGUCAAUCUUCCCUCGAACUUCUUCGAUGGUCCACAGAGCGGUAUUGGAUCAUGGUACCGUGCCUCUGCCGGCCAAGACUCGACAAACGGCAAGAGUUGGUGUGCGUACACGUACUAUAACAGCGAUCCUGUCUUUGCUGUGAUCUCUGGAAUUGUCACUAACGAGAACGAUGCUCAGUCCCUAAAAGCGAUGGGCGGCAAGACCUACAAUUCGGACCCAGCGGGUUGGAAGGCAGCAACGCAAAAGUACUGUGGUCUCGAGGCGACUGUUAAGGAUCCCAAAACUGGCAAGCAAAUGCUUAUGUACAUUGGCGACGCAUUUGAUGAUAAAUAUGUCCUUGUAAGUAAUCUCCUCGAGUACUAUUUCGCAAGAUCACUUAGUAACACGGUUCAUCAGUCGCCGGGGUCUAUCGACAUCAUGAUCGACGCCUUCUCGAACAUCCACGGGAACCCCAACGGUAACAAGAACGACGUCAUCAAGGGUGUGGAGUGGCAGCUUACAGGACGCGUCAACACGAAGUAUGCUGCGGAUGGCGCCGUAUGGCCAACAAAAGCUGGAGCAGCACCAACGACUCCUGCUCCUACAAAGAUGCAGACUUCUGCUUCACCAAAACCGUCUGCCUCUCCACCUGGUGGUGGCGAAGGUGCGAAGUGCAGUGACUCGACGAACUGUAAUUCUGGCAUGACAUGCUUAGCACCUGAUGGUGUCUGCAGCACAGCCGCUUGUAAUUGGGGGUUAGAUCCUCCUUCCUUUGGCUUUUGA